AUGGAAAUCAUUACGGAGAGGUUCUACUCGAACCUUUUCCGUUCAUCAACUCCUGUGUCAAGCCCGAUCAUCCCCACUGGUGAAGCUCCACCACGGAUUCUCCCUUCGGAAGUACGAGUCGCUAUCAAGAGCAUGAAACCUGGCACAGCCCCCGGACCUGAUUUUAUAUCAGCAGACUUUCUUCGGGCUGGUGGCCAUCCGCUUCAUCUAAUCUUAGCAGCGCACAUGACAUCCUAUCUUCAGAAAGAAAGGAUCCCAGACCAGUGGAAGACCUCGCGAACCGUUCUUAUCCAUAAGAAAGGUGACCGAGAGGACCUUCGGAACUACCGUCCGAUAUGCUUGCUGAGCGUGUUAUACAAAGUAUUCACCAAGGUCAUCCUCAGACGCAUAUCUAGGACGCUGGAUGAAGCCCAGCCUCAAGAACAAGCUGGAUUCCGCCAAGGGUUCAGUUGCUUGGACCACAUCCAGACCGUGUCGAGGGUCAUAAAGGUUUGCCGGGAACACCGCCUGCCCCUUGUUCUAACCUUCGUCGACUAUGAGAAAGCCUUUGACGGCGUAGGAACGAAUGCAGUACUGUCAGCGCUGGUCGAUCAAGGUGUGGACGCGUCGUAUGUGAGGACAUUAGCCAAUUGCUACGAACGAUGCACGACUAGGAUACAGCUUUUCCACCGCCCUCUCACCAUACCCAUUGGAAAGGGGGUACGACAAGGCGAUACUAUAUCGCCGAAGCUGUUCACGGCUUCAUUGCAAUGA